CUUGUAAGAAGAAACGGAUACUAUACUUAUUAACACAACUAACAGCUUAAAAUCAGUGGAUCAAUGAAUGGCUGUCUUACUCUGUGGGUACGAUGCGGUGCAAGGGUAUGGCUCCCUAUUACAAAGGAAGAUAUAAGUAACGCCUCUGGAUGUCCAGAUGAAACAGGAUCAAGUUAUUCAACUUCUCUUCAAAGUAUACAAGGUUAGCAGUAAGAACAAUGUCUUCUCCCAAGAAGGCCCCCGACUCUUCAGGCAUAGGGGUGACCGCCCGUUCGGUCAUUGCCCUGGUCUCAAUCCUUGUUGUUGCAUUCGCUGUUAAACUCGGCAUCGACAACCGUGCCGCAACGCAAUGUCGCAAUAUCCCAGGCGAUGAAGCCUGGUCGACUCGAGAAGAUUGGCGUCUUCUAAAUCAGACAGUUGAUGGGAAGCUCGUGGCAACUAUACCCAUCGCGGCCGUCUGCCAUCAUUCUGUCUCUACAGACGGCAUCGGAGAACACUCUACCUUCGACCAAGAGGCGUGCGAUGCUCUGCGCAGCGAAUGGUUCUGGCCCAAGACCCAUCUGGCCUCGGCAUCAUCGGCAAUGGCGUACCAGUUCACCAACGACAGCUGCAACCCGUUUCUAGACCCGGACGCGCCCUGCGGACUGGGUUACCUCCCCGUGUACACCGUCAACGCCACGACCCCUGCCGAUCUCCAGGCAGCCGUUAACUUUGCCCAGCGCCACAACAUCCGCCUAGUAAUCCGCAACACGGGCCACGAUUAUCUCGGCAAAUCGACCGGAGCGCAUUCGCUGGCCGUGUGGACUCUGCACAUGAAGGAUAUGAGCCUCAUUCCCGAGUACCAUCACCCGGGCUCGUCCUACCAGGGUCCCGCUAUCAAGCUCGGCGCUGGCGUCGAGGGGCUCGAGGCUUACACGUUCGCGAACUCCCACGGGCUGAUGGUCGUCGGCGGGAAUUGCCCUAACGUAGGCAUAACUGGAGGGUUCACCCAAGGCGGCGGCAUUUCCAUCCUCUCGUCCAAGUUCGGCCUCGCCGCCGACCAGGUGCUUUCGUGGGAGGUGGUAACUGCCGCUGGCGAGCUAGUCACUGCGGAUCCAACGGAGAACGCAGACUUAUUCUGGGCGCUGCGGGGCGGCGGCGGCGGCACGUUCGGCAUCGUCGUCUCGAUGACCGUCAAGGCGUUCCCGGACACCUUCUUCUCGAGCGCGCACCUCACGCUGCCCAACGACGGCACCAACACCGACGCCAUCUACUCGGCCAUCAGCACCUUCUUCCAGUCCCUCCCCAGCCUCGUCGACGCCGGCGCGUGGGUCGUCUGGGUCGCGGCGCCGUUCGGGUUCAUGGUCAUGCCCGCCAUGGCCGCGGGCCUGCACCCGUCGGAGCUCGACGCGCUGUUCCAGCCCACGCUGUCCAAGAUGGACGACCUCGGCCUUGCGUACACGUACGCCUCGACCGAGAACCCGGACUUCCUCUCCGCCUACCGCGCGAUCCCCGGCUUCUUCAACGCCUCCGACUACCACGCCGGCGGGCGCCUGAUCCCGCGCUCCCUCGUCGCCGACGAGGCCAGCACCGCCUCGCUCGUCGCCGCCGUCCGCGCCAUCGGCGCGCAGGCCUUCGCCGUCGGCGUCGCCGUCAACGUGUCGCGCUCGGUGUCCGCGCCCGACGAGGUCGCGGCGAACCCGUACUUCCGCAGGGCGCUGAUGAAUCUGUCGGUCGGCGUGCCGGUCAACUACACGGACUGGGGCGCCAACAGGCGCGCGCAGGACAGGAUCACGAAUGAGUUGCUGCCGAGGGUGAGGGCGAUCACGCCGGGCGGCGCGGCGUACUUGAACGAGGCGGAUUUCCAGGAGCCGGAUUGGCGGGGGGCGUUUUACGGAGAGCAUUAUGCGAGGCUGGUGGAGGUUAAGAGGAGGUGGGAUGGGGGGGAGUUGUUUUGGGCUAGGACGGCGGUGGGGAGUGAGAGGUGGGAGGAGAGGGGGGAUGGGAGGCUGUGUAGGACGUAG